AUGACCGACAACGAAGGAGGAUCAGACGGUGACUUUCACGGCCGUCAGUUUCAAUUACUGGGGGCGGCCAUGUACCGUAGCUUUCGCUGUCUCUGGAUGCUCGAAGAACUCCAAAUCCCCUACAAGUACAUCCCCGCCCAACCCCAAGGACAAUCCAUCAAAUCGGUCAAUCCCUUGGGCAAAGUACCGGCAUUGAUCGAAACGCAUCCCUCGUCGUCUCGUCCCUUUUGCAUGUACGAGAGUGCCGCCAUUAAUACCUAUCUGGGAGAUAUGGCCUAUACACUGGCACCGCCAACUGGUCGUGAGCGAUUGGUACCCCCACCGGGUACCCAUUUGCGCGGUCUCUACGAACAAACGGUCAGCUGUAUCAUUACCGAAUUGGACGCACAAGCCUUGUGGAUUCACCGCAAACAUCACGAUAUGGGACAAUAUUUUGGACACAUUCCCGAAGCCGUCCAAACCGCCAAGGAUCACUUCAUAAGAGUCAACAAGGUAUUGGCGGCACAAUUGCAUACGAAUGGCGGCCAAUAUUUGGUGGGACAAAGCUUUACGGCCGCCGAUAUUCUCUAUGUGCAUUGUCUGGGAUGGAGUAUUGCCAUUGGAUGGCACGAUGGAUGGCAGGAUGAUGCCAAACUACAGGACUACGUGCGACGGUGUCGACAACGAGAAGCCUAUCAAAAGGUAGCCGCCAUUCGUGAUCGAGAAAAAGCCGCCUUUCAAGAAAAGGCAAAAAUGUAG